CACACAGCCUUAGCAUUUAGACCCCAAAAUCAAAUGCCUUUCCCUUCGUAUAUAUCAAUCCAAUUCAGCUGCUUUGGAUCUUGAAAUUCACCUCUCAGAUCUGUUCAAACAAACCCUCAGAGAUCUCGACAUGGAAGCUGGAAACUACCACCAAAUCUCUCUCAAGGAGGCUAACUCCGCCGCCAACUCCUCUUUUAGAGUCUAUUACGGCGGCGCCACCGGUGCCAUUCCGUUCAGAUGGGAGUCACGCCCAGGCACUCCUAAGCAUACUUAUUCAGACACCUCUAUCCCUCCUCUUACUCCUCCACCUUCUUACUAUUCCUCUUCGCAUUCUACUUCUAAAGCCUCUCCCAAGCCGACACGUUUCACUUCAAUUUUUAGGAAAUCUCGAACCGCCUCGUCUUUCUCCUUCUCCUCGUCCUCCUCUUCCUCGUCAUGGUCUUCCUCUCGCUCGUCGCCGUCUGCUUUUGUUAGACCUAAAUUCUUCAAACAUCGUCGUUGCUUCUCGAAUUCUCCAAGCUUGCCAUUCGAGUGUAGCUUCGACGACAACGAGGGCGACGAGGCGGUGGGGAGCCCCGAUUCUCCUACGUCGACUUUGUGCUUUGGUGGUGGUUCUUCUUCACGUAGAGCUUCAUUAUUCCGAGGUUGUUACCAGUUAGUGAGUGUGAAGAAGGCCUUGUUGUCCAUUGUCGGACAUGGAUCUGCAAGCCGAGGUACUCAUUAAUAAUUUGUUGAAAUGUGCAUGAAAAUCAGUGAAUUCCCAUAAGCCGUUUGUUCUGUUUUGUCACUUUGUUGAGUAUUUUGUUAGUGUAUGUGUGUGUUUGGAGUGAAAAAUGUUGUAAUUUUAUGGAACAUAUGGAACACAAAUGUUGUUGAAUUGGCAUAGCUCAUGUCAAGCUUCAACAAGAUCAAAUCUUUUUUAGCUCUCAUGGUUACUUCUUCCA